AAAAUGCCGAAAAUUUACAUCUCUUUACGCUGUGUAUUUUAAUGUUUCGGUGUAAAAUCUGGCCGAUCUUCUGUGGGUAUCAUAAAAGCGAUAAUUAAGAUCGUAUACAAGGCGUUCUUGUUUACAAACCAGUCAUUGUUUACGAAGUUUGUUUAUAGGAGAUUGCUCAACCUGCGGUCACAUGCUUUCCUGACAUGCUUUAGGAGAGUCUUUCUUGGAUGUGUACGAACAGAAAAUGCCAGAUAUGUUUUGUCUUGUUUUGUACAUUCAUUGUGUUUUGACGUGACAUAAUGGCAACACUAUGCGGUGGCGACGUGUACAGCGAAUGGUGUGCGAUAAUUUCUGUAAACUUUUACAAAGGCAGACAUACACAUUUUUGUCCUCAAGGCAUGGCAUGUUGCUUUGUUUCCUCGCUUUCCUUUUGGGAUUCGUUUCUGUCCUACAAUUCGGGGAGGUUGUCUUAGAAUGGAGUGUUGUAAGGUAUCAGAAGACGUUGUUUCCAUACGUGGAUAACAUUUUACACAAGUCGUUUCAAGAUCGACUGUGCUUGCCAUUGCCAAUCGAUGUUGUAUAUACAUGGGUGAAUGGAACCGAUCCUCGACUUUUGAAACAACUUGCAAGGCUGAAAGCUGAAAUGGAAGAGCGAUUAAAUGAUAGCAUUUUAAAUGAAGGCUAUGAGAACGUUCAAGAUAAACCUACGAAUAAACAAAUUUUAUCUAAAGCAGAGAAGGCCCCACUUGAUGGGUGCCCCUAUAAGAACUGUGUUGCUCUGAACACAAUUAUUUUAAAAGUGCAUUCUUUAAUCAAGAUUGCAGACUUGAGGAAGGUUGAUCCUGUAUUUCAAGAGGCCUCCAGUAUUUAUAAUGUGAGUCUGAAAUCUGGUUUAAAAUCAGAUUCCAAAAACGCUCGUCUGACUGUAGUGAAAUUUCCUAAUAUUGAUUCUCUUAAUCGUGCUGUGGAUAGGUCGUACACCAUUAAUGGUGAGAAGGUGGUAGCGCAGAGGGCUUACCUCACAAGCCAAUCCUCAGAACUAUCUGUUCGAAUGCGUGCGAUGGCACUCAUUUCUGCUAGGAAGAUCUCAUCCAAUGAUAAUGGUCAUGCCUUUAAAAGUUUUCUGCAAGGUUAUUUCCCCAUGAAGUUAAGAGCUUUGGACUACUACGGCAAAGAAAGAGUUGCUGUGCUGACGUUUAAGGACGACAAAAGCUAUCAGGAUGCGUUAAGAUUAAAGAAGGGUGACCUAAAGUACCAGGGGAUCUCACUGGUGAUUGAACCAGUGUUAAUGGUGUGGGAACCAUUUUCCAACAUUGAUCUUGAAAACUACGACAAUCAUUUCUCUGCAAGUCGGUUUGCAGACAACCAGGAAUUGCGUUACUCUUUGAGGUCCAUUGAAAAAUUUGCUCCCUGGGUAAGACAAAUUUUCAUUGUCACAAAUGGUCAAAUCCCAAACUGGUUAAAUCUUGAUAAUCCACGAAUUAAAAUCAUAACCCAUGCUGAGAUAUUUACAAAUCAGAGUCAUCUUCCAACAUUCAGUUCCCCUGCAAUUGAGUCACAUCUUCAUAAAAUUCCAGGAUUAUCAAAAAAGUUCAUCUACUUGAAUGAUGAUGUUAUGUUUGGUGCGGAGGUGUGGCCGGAUGAUUUUUACACACAUUCAAAAGGCCAGAAGGUCUUUCUUUCCUGGCCUGUUCCCAAUUGUAAUGAAGGCUGUCCUGCAACAUGGAUUAAUGAUAAAUAUUGUGACAAAGCUUGUAAUGUUUCAGGGUGCGAUUGGGAUGGAGGAGACUGUCUCAAUGCCAAGACAACAUCUGUGAACAACUGGAAAAGUGUGCUGUCAAAUUUAAAAAAAUCAAAGCCUCGUGAUUUUUGCAAUUCUGGUUGUGCUGAUUCUUGGAUAGGUGAUAGAUAUUGCGAUGGUGCUUGCAAUUACCUGGCAUGCGGGUAUGAUGGUGGGGACUGUGGCGUUAAACAUUUUCCCGACUUGCACUCUGAAACCUUACAUGAAAAUAGCAAACUAUUCAACUUGCCUAGUGGACUCAAAGCCAUGUUUUUUAAUUUGUCUGAAGUUUAUGGAGAGGGGAAAAUUACCGAAGGAGAACAGGAUGGAUCAAGCAUUUUACGUUCGGUGACAAUCGCUCAAAAGUUUAAGGUAAUGGUAAUGACAUUUUACCCAAAUGAGACUCUCACAACUGUAAGCAUUCGUGUUGCUGGGUUUAAGAAAAAGAAUGACACAAGGAUGAUUGAGGUGAAAUUUAACAUGACUAUUGAGACAGUAGGAAAAGUGAAGAAAGUUGCCACCAAUGCUCUUCCCACUCAUCCAAAUAUUUCCAAUUCAAACAUCCAGACAACCAUGUACCCUAUAAGAAUCUACAAUACAAGUGGUAAUUAUUGGAAUGCAACAAACAAUACAUUCCUUCGGCUAUCAUGGCCGACAUUAGCUGCAAGUGAAUACUGUGUUCCAGAAAUCCCUUCAAAGCUACAUGUUGCAGAAGAAGUUAGAAAGAAAUUUGCAGACCUUGACGAAGAAUUAAAGAUUGGUGAUAUUACACAGAAAGGCUACAACAGGAAGAAAGCAAGCUUGAUAAAAGAGAAGUUUGGAAUAACUUGUGAUUUUUAUCCAACAACUGUUCAAGCUGAAAUGAUGUACAUGAAGUCAAUGACCAAAACUAUGGAACAAAAGAACACAACAUCUUACCCAACAUACAUCAAGAAGGCUGUGGAUACACGGCGAGACCGCUUCUCCACCCGUCAUCUCAAUGAAUACGACGAGACGAAUGUGGAAAACACAGGAUUUCUACCUUGGGAAAGACAGCAAGUAUUUCAACGUAUUCGAGAGCGCAAGGAGAGGGAGGUUCUCGAGGAAAGUUACAAAACAACCAGGUUCCACCAACGUCAUCUACUGGACGCCUUCUCAGGCUCUUUGCUGCACGUUAAUCGCAUUUAUAAUCGUGCGUUUGGUUACAAAGCAAGAAAGGUUCCGUCGCAUAUGCCUCAUAUGGUAGACGUGGACAUUAUGAACGAACUUCAGGCGAAGUUUCCUAAAGAGUUUGACGUGACUUCCUCGCACAAGUUGCGAAGCAAAGAUGACAUGCAGUUUGCUUUAUCGUAUUUCUAUUUUGUUAUCGACCAAACGAAAGCGUUUGAUGUUUCCCUGUUGUUUCAAGAAGUCGACGCAGAUAAAUCCGGGACACUUUCUGAUCGUGAGCUACGAACGUUGGUAACAAAGUUCAACGACGUUCCUCUGAAAGCCGGCACGCUAAACAAAGUGAUUGAACAGCUAAGGAAUUGCUCGCGCGUAUUUGAGAACUCCACGAACACCGUCCGACCCCAUUCCGAUCGUCAACACGGCUACGACUUGCCUCCGAUCACCCAGACCUUGCUCCAACACUGCGAACCGAUUAUGAAACAAAUGAAUAAGUCGACCAAGUCGACGAAACAAGAGAGCAAAUUCAAACACGAAAUUGUCGGCGAGGAGGACAUUGCUUUCAAAAUGAUUAAAAAUAACGCUACUCACGUCCUCAAACAACUUGACGGGAUUAGGAAGAACAGAAAGAAGUUUAUCUGCCUUAAUGAUAACAUCGACCACGAAAGGAAGAACGCAUCAGUUGUUAAAGGUAUUUUGGUUGAUUUUUACGAAUCUUUAUUUCCUGUGCCAUCGCAGUUCGAGCUGCCGGAUCAUUUGCGAAAUCAGUUUUUGUACAUGGCUGAUCUUCGCAAGUGGAAAAAUGAGAAGAAACGAAUAGAUCUUGUCUCAGACACCAUUCUGAUGUCGAUGAUGAUAAUAAUAAUGAUUUACGUUUGUUGGAGUCCAAUUGUAUUUGUGAUACGAAAAUGUGUGGGGUUUUUAAGACGACGCGUUAGAGCACCAAGAAUGUCGAUUGCUGCAUCUACCAGGUUAUUAACCGUUUGAAGAGAAGAAAAUAUUUUGAAAUAUUCACGUGAGGUUUAGGCUCUGUACUGAGAAACAGAUUAGUUAAAACAACUAAUUUGAAAUAGCUUCUCAGAUUUAUCUCUUUUGAUCAAUUCUUUUGAGUAAAAACAACCAGGUUUUCCCAGGUUUUUAACUAUAAAAAUUGCUCCUAUAAAUAAAUCUGAGGUAAGCAAUUUUAAGUUAAUAAUAAUGUUUUUACACGUGCACUGACGUGUGUGUAUCUCUGUACAUUGAAGGCAUGCGUUUUCAGUUGGUAUAAAAUAUAAACGAGUAUUUAAUAGAAUUUUGAAUUUAAUUGCAGAGACAACUG